AUGUCUGCAAAUAGCAGUGAUUCAGAAGAGUUUAGUGGUAACCAACAGGUGCUCAAGGCAAUUUCUGGGCUGAAAACAGAUCUUCAACAAAUACUAGACACGAAGCUAGAGGGUUUGGAAGACAAAAUAUCAAGUAAGUUGGAGGUUAGCUUAGCUUCUAUACGCACAGAUAUUAACAGCGUUAAGUUAACAUUUCAAGAGUCUGUUGAUACCUUAAAAAAUGAUAAUGAUGUUUUGAAAGAAAAGUGUAAACAGCUAGAAGACAGUUUAGAAAAAUCCACGUCUGAUCUUCAAGACUUAAAAAGUCAAAUGAGAGAUAUGCAGCAAUACAGCAGACUAAGCAACAUAGAGAUUGUUGGCGUUCCCCUAACAAAAAAUGAAAAUAUUUAUGCUAUAUUAGAAAAGGUCGCAAAUAGCAUAGAUGUACCAUGGCUACGCACCGAUAUCUCGGUGGCUCAUCGCCUCCCCAGCAGCCGGAAGGACCGUCAUCCCAACAUCGUUGUGCGCUUUAUAAGUAGAUCUACACGAGCCGCAUGGUUAACUGCCGCACGAGAGAAGAGGGGACUGGAUGCUGUACAUCUUAGCUCAGUCUUCACACCUUCGCAGAUAUUCAUCAACGAACACCUCACGGCACACACCAGGGCGGUGCUCAACGAGGCUAAGAAGAUGGUCAGUAAACAACAACUCGCCUUCGCCUGGGUGAGAGAAGGACGAGUGCUGGUCAGGGUGACGGAGAAGGGCCGGCCGCGACGUGUUGGUGACAUCGGUGACCUGCAGCUGUUGGUGAGAGGUCCACGGUCCAGCCCCAACAACGGUGAGUCACAUACAUCGGUGACUACCGAAUGA